CACAAUUACCCACAUAACAUCGCAGUCAUACAUUGGCAAUAUUUCAUGGAGGUAAUAUCUUGUGGGCAGGGCAGGCGUGGAGGGAGCUAUUGAGGGUAGGAAUAUCAUCGGGAGAUAUUUUCAAUACACGGCGGGAAUGUCCUGUGAGAUGUAGUGGGCGGCAAUGUUGUGGGGUGCUGAUUUGGUGUAAAAAAAAGUUAUAACAAGCUCUCGGUUGAAGGAAGAGAGAAAGCCAUCUGACGUGGCCAACUGACAUGGCCAUAUAGAUUUGGAUCUAUUAAUAUCCGAUUUGAUCGGAUCAGUUUGCAGGUAUACUGUGGUACGAUGGAAGCCUAGAAAGCUUUGCCACCUUCUUCAGUCUCUUUACCCUUUACGCCUUGCCGCCAUUUAUCCUCGUGUACAAUCUUUUCUCUGCUCGACGAUAAAUUAGGGCAAGUACUCAGGAAUGGCAACAAAAUUGGAGCCCCUGCUUUAUCUGCAAGACAGUUUCAAUUCUUUAAUGGCGAAGGGGCGAUUACACAGACUAUUUAUUUCAUGAGCUUUGGAAUUCUCAACACCAAAAAUGUUCUUCUGUAAUCUCAUUAGGUCGAAGUUAGUCUCCAUUUUACAGCCAUGGCUGCAAGAAGAACCACAAUUGGAGCUGAAGUUAGGGUUGCUUCGUUCACAAGGAAGUGUAACAAAUAUCCGUUUCGACACUUCCGCUCUCAAUCAGUUGCUCGGCAACUCAGCAGGCUUAUCUUUCAUGGACGUUAGAGUUGAAAGGAUGAACGUUCGAUUUUCUAAUUGGUCAGUUCCUGCCUUUACUAUUGAGGUGCAUGGCGUCGAUGUGAUACUAACGGUAAGGAGACUGGUGGAGGAGGGACGUUUGAAACGGAUGCAGAAUUUGAAUAAUUCGUCUUCGUAUGAGAAGGAGAUUCUUUCUGUCAUUGAUCCAGAGGGUACCUCUUUGCAUGACAUACUUGGAAGGAUUUCCAGCAUCAGCACAGAAAGAAAUCAGCUUAUGACCUCUUUGUUGAAUACUAUGAUAAAGCAUUGCAAGUUAGAAAUGCAUGAUGUUCGUUUGCAAGUGGAAUUGCCUUAUACAGUUGAUCAACUUGCCCUUGUGUUGAAGACAAAAGUGCUUAGUGUGGAAGCUCAGAAUCAGGACAAAUCUUGCUUCUUCAGGGGGCUUGCAGGUGCACUUUUUAUUUCUCGAAAAGAAAACUCUUUGGUAAUGAACAGCAGUGGUUUGGAGAUUGAGCUGGAGAGAAAACAACAUCUGAAUCAUGUUUUUCUUUCUAGAGAUGUUUCCACUUUCAUUCACCUGAAUGAUCUUCAACCUGUGGAAUUUGAUCUUUGUGUUGCUGAAAUAAGUUUUACAUUUUCUCCAGUUGAUCUUUCUAUCCUUAUGGAAUUUGAUAUACUAUCUUUAAAAGAAGAUAAACCUACUAGAAAUGGUAGAGAGUUAUGGAAUAUAGUUGCAAGCCGAAUUGGUUAUUUGACUUCAAAUCCCAAGUUAUCCAUGUAUAAGUUGGUUGAUGUUGUUAAGCUAUGGUUACAUCAUGUCUGUGCUUACAAACUUUUGCUGUCAUUGGUUGGGUACUCUUCUGAAAAGGUAUUCAAAGAAUCUUCUACUAGAAUGUCUCAGGAUAAAAAGUUUUCAAGCUCGGUUAAACGCCAAUGGGAGUUGGUUUGCAAGAUUGAGAAGGAGCUUCCAAUAGAGGCUGUUGCACGGGCACGGCGCAUAGCACGUUAUAGGGCAGCUUUGCAUGUUCAAGAUACUGAACAUAGCAGCUCUGGGUCACCAGUGCGUAUCUUUACCAAACUCUCGAAGAAGAUUUUGUCAGUGUUGGCUAUUGUUUGGAAAAAAUUGUAUUGCAUAUUCUACAAAGUGGCAUAUUUGGUCUUCUUUAGCUAUAUGCUGGAUCCACAUGGACACCUGGAAGUUCUUCCUGAAAACCCCUGUUCACAGUGCCAUUGCAGUCUCAAGCUUGGAAAAAUUUCAAUCAUUGUUUCCCCUGCAGCAGGUCACCACCAUUUUAGUGGACAGGCAGAUUCCCAUAUUGGCUCCUAUCUGUUUGAUUUACAUUCAUUUUGUCUUACAAUUGAUUCAUUUUUGUUAAUCUUUGCACCGUGCUACACUGGGCAGUCUCUAUCUUUUUCUGUUGGAGAUUUCAAAGUUGUGACCUUGACUUCAUUGGGAACUCCUCUUAUGAGGAGCAAUUCAAGAAAAGAGAUAAAUAACUAUUUGAAAGGACAUAAAGUGGAGAGAAGUAACGAGUCUAAAGCAAUUCUAUGGGGUGAGCCAGCUAUACAUUUUCUUUCAGAAAAUGUCAUAACUGGUUCUGCUGGUUCUACUGGGAAUGAUUUUGUCAUAAUUUUGGAAAAUUAUUUAGAAGAACUGUGGUCAAAUUGGAAACAAACUUGCAAGAAAUUUGAAGGAACUAUGAAUGACCAUUUGGAGAACCCUUUCCUACUAUGUGAGAUCAAAAGCUUUUAUAUGGAUCCUUAUCUCCAUGGACCAGACUGUAGUGUUUGGAAAUGUAGUUCUACUGUGGGAAAGUUGAAGCUUGAUUUGGGGUAUUCCUCAGUAAUGUCUAUUGCUCUGCUAUUAAGGCAGAUACAACUUGCUCUUUGUUGGGCUGGUAGCAAGGAUAGGUCAAGGGGACUUUUACUUUCUCCUAACAUCCUUUAUGAGCUAACAGAAGUUAAAUGGGGAGAUCGUUACAAGUCCUAUGCCAAUGAACUGAAGAUGUUGUUGUUUGGGGGAAUCCCAGAGAAAAACAUUAAUGUUGGGGUAGUUAUAGCUGGUCCCAACAUCAGACUAUCACUGAAAGAAGGCAAUAGUGAUUUAUACCUUGCAGUUGAUCUCCUUAACAUUGAGCUUGCAGCUUGGCCAACUCCAAAAGCUGUUAUGGAAGAAUUCUCUGGCGAAUCAAGACUAGAUAGUGCAAUACCACAGUACUGCUGGUUGAAAGAACCUCGCGUAGUAGAUAUGUCAAAAGCAAAUUCAAAUGAAUUCUAUGUUUCCCAAGGGAGGAUUGCACUUAAUUGUAGCCUGAGGAUUAAUAACUUAAAUGUUUAUCUAGAGGAUUCAGAAGAAAAUAAAUGGCAUCAAAUUAUUGGAUUAACAUCAAUGACUAUCCAGUUCUCAUCCUACAGGGAGUAUUUUCAUUCAUUUACAGAAGCCGGUACUGCUUUAUCAAUGGCUUUGUGUGGAGUGGCUACAGGAAUCAGUAUUUUUUCAUAUAUAGAUGAGCUGUCAAUUUUCUUCCAGGUGGUUGGAAGCAUAGUAUCUGCAGUAUCACAUACACUUUCUUCUCUUGGUUCUGUUGGUGGUGCACAUUUUCAAGAACUUAACAGGGGAGGCAUUGCAUCUGCAAAUCCAGAUACCAAUGAAGACACACAAACGUCUGCAGCAAUGGUUGCUUCCUUGAUUCUUAAGAGUACACAGUUUGCAAUUGAUGCCACUUGUGAGUUCGAGUCACUUGAUAUCAUUCUGCAUCACUCUAGGAAAAAUGAUAUCAUGGAGAAAUAUAUGGCAUCCUCUGGCAUAAAAAAUAAUAAGAAGCUGAACAUACGUGAUGUGCCAGAUUAUGGAAUUCUGAUCUCUGUUGAGCAAUCAUACAUGCGAGUUUCCUGCAGUGAAGACCAAGCAGAGGUGCUUACUGAUUUUUCUGGAAUGAAGUCUGUUAUUUUCAGAUGUCAAAGUCAGACAGGACUAUGUAAUAAUCAGUCCAAGCUCGGAGAUCUCCUUUUUCAAUCUCUUAACAGCUUAUAUGAAUUCUCAAUUUCUAGUUGCAUGUUUAAUUUGUGGAUUGGUUCCAGUGGGAAUGCUCCAUUUCCUGGGAGGGUCAGUGAUACAGUUGACACUUCUAGUAAUAAAAGUUCACAUGUGACACAAGGUUCUUCUUUGGAAAUUGUUAAUGAAGGGUCCAGAAUCCAAUCUUGUGGUCUUAGCCAGAAAAGGAGAGACAGUCAAAUGGUUAAUUUGAAUGUUCAAGCACCGGUUGAAGGUUAUCUGUUGUUCUUAAACAUUGAACUUGGUGAGGUAUUUAUGGCAAAAUGCUCUGUAAAAAAUAUUAUACUUGGAGUACAUCAACCAAAGAAACUUUUCUCUUCACUUGCUAUUGGUGGGGAAUUUCACACAAUUUCAUUGAAUAUCCAGGGUGGUCUUGUUUUCCUUGAAACAACAGCAUUGGCUAUGUAUAUUCGUGGCUUUAGUUUGUACCUUCUGUGCAUUAAAGAUCUCUUUUCCAUGGAUGUUUUGUGGGUACACAUCUCAUCUGGGGAACAAUUUGAAAGAAUUGCACCUCGUGAGAACAUGGCUGGAGUGAAUUAUUGUACAAUUAAGGACUCUGCACAAGGCACAGUAUCCACAAUGGCACUCCCAGAGAUACACAGUGUAUCCACUGAAAUCAAAUGGAAGCUAGUGGAGGCACUUAAUAUGAGACUUUCUCAGUUUUCUCUUGUUUUUGUUAUUGAAGAUGAAUAUGGUGGUGUUCGAGAACUUAUCUUUGAAGCUGACUUCCAUUUAAACUUUGAAUUUUUCAAUUUAAGAAGAAAGUUUUCACUUGAUUCUCAUUUGACGACCAUCUCAGCACGUCUUCAUGAAAAUUGUGCAGAACGAACUGCAAAUGAGAUACAAGUUCCCCAUUUUACUUCUAUUAAAUCAAGUUCUCCAGUUCUUGAUGAAUCAUCUUCUUCAAAUUACACUGUUCCACAGAAAGAAUUUCUGAUAGAAAGUGAUCCAUCUCGACUCUCUCCUGCAAAUUUUCAUAAUUAUAUCUUGAAAUGUCUAACUGCUUCCUUUACGGUUGAGAAGGCGGAGGCAAGGGAUGGGGAUGGUCAUUCAUGGUUGAAGCAUGGUUGGGUUGGAAGUGGUUCUAUUUCUGGUUUUGAUUUAAUAAUCUCUCUGUCUGAAAUUCAGAUGCUCUUGUUCAUUGUCACACCCUUCUGUGAAGUUUUCAAUGUUAAGACUGAUAGCAAUCUGAAACAAAGACAAUGUUCCAGGAACCAAGCAUGGGAGAAUGAUUCUGGGGAUGCAAUUCCUGAUGGAUCUAUUGUUGCAAUCCAAGACAUUGAUCAGCACAUGUAUUUUGCUGUUGAAGCAACAGAAAACAAAUACUGCUUAGUUGGUGUGCUCCACCAUUCUCUUGUUGGAGAAAGGGCUCUUUUCAGGGUCAAGUACCACAAACAAAGUAUGUGGAGGUUGCCGGUGGCAUGGUUUUCCUUGACAUCAUUGUAUGCUAAAAGCGAUUCUGGGGAGCCACUGCGUUUGAACUAUCGCCCAGGAUCAGGUUUUGUUGACAUUUCUAGCACUAAAGAUAGUGGGUGGGCACUUUGGAGGCUACUCGCUUACAAGCCUGAGAGUUAUGACAGUGCUAAUGACCUGGAACCUUACAAUAACUAUACUAAAAACAUUUUUUACCUUGUGAAUAAGUGUGAUUCCGCUGUUGCUUUUGUUGAUGGGGUUCCAGAAUUUGUUAGGAAGCCUGGGAAUCCAUUCAAGGUGAAAGUGUUCAAUGAUUUUUUGCCAGUAAACAAUGUUUUCAGGUUAGAUAAACACUCCACAGAGAUUCAUGAAACUGAUACUCAGCAGGGUUCACUUGUAGACAGAGAGCAAACUUCUGAGCAGGCUAUCAAUCUCCCACAUAUAAAUGUUACUUUCAACAAGAUUAUUCUCACCAUUGUUCAUGAACUUCCAGAUGCAAAUGAUAAUUUCCCACUCCUCCAGGCGUGUGUUGAUAACAUUCAACUUGUUAUACAAGUUUUACCUUCUAAAGCCAGACUUAUAUGUACAUGUACUGCAAUUAUUUAUCACUUUGAUUCCCAAAGAAACUCAUGGAGGGAAGUUGUUCACCCUGUUAAUAUGUUUCUUUUCUACCGCUCUAGAUUUGCAUCUCAGGGUUCAGAAAGUGUCUCUCAAGGAGUGCCUGCUCAUUUUUAUUUUAGAAUGAAACAGAUGGAUAUAUCUCUGACUGAGCGUGCACUGGACAUAUUUCUAUUUGUUGUAGGAAAAUUGAAUUUGGCUGGCCCAUAUGCAGUGAGAAGCUCAGUUAUCUUUGCCAAUUUCUGCAAGGUGGAAAACCAGUCAUGCCUUAACCUACUUUGUCACUUUUAUGAUAAUCAGUAUAUUACAGUAGCUGGAAAGCAUUCCACUUCAAUUUUCUUAAGGCACAUAGCUUUGGCAAAUCAGAUUCCAGAAAAUGCAUCCUUUGUGUCAGUCCAGCUUGCUGUGGUUGGAGAUUUUUCAACUUCUCCAAUUCAUGUUUCUUUUUUGAAUCCUCGAGUACUUGCUUGGAGAACACGUAUAGUAUCAUUACAAGAUUCAAGAACUUUCCCAGGGCCAUUUGUUGUAGUUGACAUUUCAAAAGAAACUGAGGAUGGCUUAUCCAUCACAGUUUCUCCUUUACUAAGGAUACAUAAUGGAACUGAGUUCCCCAUGGAAUUGCGUUUUCAGCGUCCUCAACAAAAAGGAGCUGAAUCUGCUACUGUUUUGCUGAGGCCAGGGGAUACAGUCGAUGAUUCAAUAGCAGUAUUUAAUGCUAUAAAAUUAUCUGGAGGAUUAAAAAAGGCAUUGAUGUCUUUGGGUCUUGGUAACUUUCUCCUUUCCUUUAGACCCGAAGUUACAGAAUACAUCAAAAAUUCAGGACAACCAGUUUCCGUAGAAUGGACAGAAGAGUUGAAAGGUGACAAAGCUGUUAGAAUCUCUGGAGUAUUUGAUAAAUUAAGUUACAGGCUGAAGAAAGCUUUUGGCAUUGGAUCAGUAAAAUCUUUCCUCAGUACUGCACAUUGUUCCCUCAGUGUUCAAGGCACAUAUUCCACAAAUCUACAUUUUCUCAUUCAGAACAUUGUAAGAAAAAUACCUGUUAUACAACCUGAUAAUAGUGAUCCACCAAAAGCUAAUAGUUCACCAGUUGCACUACAAGAACAGAAAGAAAUCUUUAUUCUUCCUACAGUCCAAGUGUGCAAUCUUCUGCAAACAGAGAUUUAUGUGCUUCUGACUGAAAAACAUCCAGAUCUUUGUACCAUUGUAGGAAGUGAGAACAUUGGAAAGGAAGCAACUAUUCCUUGUGGAUCUACUUAUUAUUUCUAUGCAAAUCCUUCUAUAAUAUAUUUCAUGGUUACUUUGACUCCCUUCAAUACACAGUGCAAACCUGUAAACAGUGGUGAUUGGGUUAAGAAGUUGCAUAAGCAGAAAGAUGAUGUUCAUUAUUUGGAUAUAAAUUUGGAUUUUGAUGGUGGGAAGUACUUUGCCUUGUUAAGAUUAUCACGAGGGGAAAGGGGCAUACUGGAGGCCACUAUUUUUACACCAUACAUCCUACAGAACAACACUGAUCUUACCUUGUUUUGCUUUGCAUCCAAUCAGAGGCUUCCAUCCAGGAAUGAGGCUGAUAAAUUUGCUUCCACCCUCCCUCCUGAGCUUGGGUUGUUGUUGCCCCCACAGUCAACUAGAUCAUGGUUCUUAAAAACUAAGAAGGUACACCUGAAACUGUUGGAAAAGAAAGCAUCUGAAGUGCUGCUAGAUUUGGAUGUUCUAUCAGUAUUUACAGAAGUGUCCCUAGAAGUUGAGAACAGUGCAGGGGUCAAGCAUGUUGCGAAGCUGGGAGUGUCAUUAAAGCCAUGUCUAGCUAAAGUAGUUGUACCUUCACAUUUAGUACUCGUAGUUCCAAGAUAUGUUGUAUGCAAUGAAUCAAAACAGGUUGUUAUUGUCCGCCAGUGCUAUUUGGAGGAUGAUAUAGAUGGCACGGUUGUAAACAGCAAUGAGAAAGUAGCAUUGCAGCUGAGAAAGGGGACAAGAAAGGAGAGGGAAAUCAGCUUCUUUGAUUCUUUGAUCCGGAAGCACAGAAAUGUGAAUGAGGAUUCCCUAAUAUUUAUUCAGUUUCGGCUAAAUGAGAUCGGAUGGAGUUGGUCUGGUCCAAUAUGUAUUGCUUCACUUGGACACUUUUUUCUUAAGUUCAAAAUGUCCUUGGAUUCUCUUGGAAAUCAAUCAAGUUCACCAACUGCUAAAGAAGACAAGUUAACAGAAUUCGCAUCCGUCCAUGUGUUAGAAGAAGGUUCUACCCUAGUUUUGCACUUCCAUAGACCUCCAGAUGUUAACCUACCCUACCGAAUUGAAAAUUUCUUGGGUGGUGCAUCUAUUACAUAUUACCAAAAGGACUCUUCAGAAUCAGAUAUUCUGGCAUCUGGAAAUUCAGUCAAUUAUGUCUGGGACGACUUGAAUUUGCCACAUAAACUGGUUGUUCAAAUUAGUGGUGUGCAAUUAUUACGUGAAAUUAACAUUGACAAGGUUCGGGUGUGGAGACCCUUUUUUAAACCAAGGCAAUAUAGAGGAUUGGGACUGCCUUUAGUUUUAGACAGGAAACCAGGGGACAAGAGAGGUAAUAUUGAUGAAUCAUAUAGCCUGGAUAUGUUGAAGGUGGGGUUUGAAGUAUUUGCAGAUGGUCCUACACGGGUCUUACGAAUUUGUGAGUGUCCUGAUAGUCGCAAGGAAGAUUCACUAUUUCAACCAUGUGCAAAGAUUAAACUUAAAGUCUCCCUUUUUUCUUUCCACUUAUUCGAGAAAGGAAAUCAGGAUAUGGAUACGACUGAGCCACCAACUUACUCUCCAAUUAUGGUUGCAAGACUUGGAAACAUAAGUGUCGAUUCACUAUUUACAGAUCAGCAAAAACAUAAUCAGAUCAGGGUACAGUCAUUGAAUGUGGAUGAAAAAUGGCUUGGAGCUCCCUUUGCAGCAGUAGUACGGAGAAGCCAGUUAGAUUACUGUGACACAAAUGACAGCAUACUUCAUAUUGUCUUUAUCCUACUUCCAACCAAGUCCAAUGUUAAACAAGUUAAAUACUCUUCCAUUCUUUUGCAGCCAAUCAAUUUGAACCUUGAUGAGGAGACUCUAAUGAGACUUGUUCCAUUUUGGAGAUCAUCCCUCAGUGACCCAAAUGCUCAGAGCCAACAGUUCUACUUUGAACAUUUUGAGAUCCACCCAAUAAAGAUUGUAGCAAGCUUUGUUCCAGGGAACUCUUAUUCAAGUUACAGCUCUGCCCAAGAAACACUAAGAUCAUUACUUCACAGUGUGAUAAAAAUCCCCGCUGUAAAAAAUAAGACUGUGGAGCUCAAUGGCGUAUUGGUCACUCAUGCUCUUGUUACAGUACGCGAAUUGUUCCUUAAAUGUGCACAACACUACUCAUGGUAUACCAUGAGAGCCAUCUAUAUUGCAAAAGGAAGUCCAUUGCUUCCACCAGCUUUUGCUUCUAUUUUUGAUGAUUCUGCUUCAUCCUCGCUUGAUGUAUUUUUUGAUCCUUCUAGUGGGUUGAUCAAUCUUCCAGGACUCACCUUAGGCAUGUUUAAAUUCAUUAGCAAGUCCAUCGAUAAGAGAGGGUUUUCUGGAACAAAACGCUACUUUGGUGAUCUGACUAAAACUAUGAAAACAGCAGGAUCAAACGUACUCUUUGCUGCUGUUACUGAAAUGUCAGACUCUAUUCUGAAAGGUGCAGAAACAAGUGGUUUUAAAGGAAUGGUUAAUGGUUUUCACCAAGGAAUAUUGAAACUAGCUAUGGAGCCAUCACUUUUAGGGAGUGCAUUUAUAGAGGGUGGCCCAGAUAGGAAAAUCAAGCUUGAUCGAAGUCCUGGGGUUGAUGAGUUAUAUAUUGAAGGGUACCUUCAAGCUAUGUUGGAUAUGACAUAUAAACAAGAAUAUCUUAGAGUGAGAGUUGUUGAUGACCAGGUGCUCCUCAAAAACUUACCUCCAAAUAGUUCCCUAAUGAAUGAGAUUGUGGACCGUGUGAAGAACUUCCUUGUAAGCAAGGCCCUGUUGAAAGGAGAAUCUUCAAUGACUUCUCGUCCUCUACAUCAUCUACGAGGAGAAAGUCAGGAAUGGAAAAUUGGGCCAACAGUUCUCACUUUAUGUGAACACCUAUUUGUGAGUUUUGCGAUCCGCGUGCUGAGAAAGCAAACAGGUAAAUUUAUGGACAGAAUCAAAUGGAAGGAGAAAUCAAAUGACAAAGAGAAGCAAGAAGUGAAACGUAACCUGAAAUGGGGGAUAAGCAAGUUCAUAUUCUCAGGAAUGAUUGCUUAUAUUGAUGGACGGCUAUGUCGUUGCAUUCCCAAUGCCAUAGUUAGACGAAUUGUGAGUGGAUUUUUGCUGAGUUUUCUUGAUAAAAAGGACAGUGAUUGAAUCCAUAUGAUGAUUUCAUCAAAGGAGUCAUUCUAAAAAGGGGAUGGCUCAGGAAUCAGAUUUUACCCUUUGCAGAGCUCUACCACGAUCUUCACAGCCACAUUGGAUAUAGUUGCCUAGGUUUAGAGAUUACUACUAAAAGCCAGAUUGUAUAGUCUGGAAUCAAAGUUUCUUCAGAUGCAGUCUCAAUGAUGGGAGAUGGACUUGUUAGCAUCGUUACUUCAAAAUAUUCAAGCAAAUUCCCUCUUACUCAAACUGAUUCUAGUCUCUAGAGCUUGGGCUUCAUAUCCAAAUGGAAAUUUUCCAGUUCAUUCUUUCUUUAUGAUGUUUGAUGAGAAGCGACUUCCAUAUAACUCAGAUAUGGGGAGCCUAACGGCAGCUUCAAAGUUUGCAUUCCAUGGUCUAUACUGUUCUAUUUGGCAUAUGUUUAAAGUGUCUACCUAUAAGACGAGAUUUCUCUUAAAGAAUACCACAUGCAGCUUAUGGAACAAGGUGUAAAAGGUUCGCUAACCUCGUUUUCCCUUCAUUGAGAACUCUGCUCUCCGGUAUGGGUGCCUUUUCUGGACUUUUUUGGUGCAUGUUAGUGGUUUAUGCUUUCCAUAUGGGAGUCAUUUUUAUGUUAGCUUCUGAAAGCCCCAGCAUGUGGGAUUCUCUGUGGCUAUCUUCCCUUUUGCAAUAUCCUGGAUCGUAUGGAAGGAAAGGAAUGCUAGCAUCUUUGUAAACUGAUCCUCUCCAUUGGAUGCAGUGUGAUAAGCUAUUGGCAUGGUUGUCUAUCUCCAAAGGAUUCGAUGAUGUGCCUAUAACUCUCUGUAUAUUCAGCAGAAAAGGUAUAUAUGUUGGUCUUUUUGUCCCCAUUAUAUAGCUUCUGCUUUGUACA